AUGGCUUCCCCUCACUUGGACACGCUAGGGAGAAUCUUUACAGACAUACGGAGCAAAUAUGAAGAAGUAAGACAGAAGGCAACUAAUGAGUUGAAGAUACACCUGGAAGUUGUUUCCCGAGAGUACUCCAGCGAACAGCUGUCGAGAUAUCACUCAGAGGUAAAUCGUCGAGUGUCGGAGUUCAUCCACAGCAGCGAUACCACCGAUAAGAUUGGAGGGAUUCUAGCCCUCGGUGUGCUCAUAGAUGUCGACCACGACGACAGCACCCAAAAAACCACACGAUACGCGAAUUACUUACGAAGUAUAAUGAGGGGGAACGACAACCAUUGUAUGGUUCUUGCUGCUAAAACCCUAGGGCAACUUGCAGCGCCGGGGGGAACCUUGACUUCUGAGUUGGUAGAAAGUGAGGUUAAACAAGCUCUUGAGUGGCUACAAAUCGACCGGCAGGAGAAUCGACGCUUUGCUUCUGCAUUACUCCUGAGAGAGUUGGCGAGAAGCUCGCCAACACUGAUUUAUGGCUUCAUCGGUCAGAUAUUGGACCUGAUAUGGGUGGCAUUACGGGACCAGAAGGUUUUGAUUAGGGAGACAGCCGCGGAGGCCUUGGGUGUGUGUCUGGCAAUCAUGAAACAUCGCGACACAACAAAUCGGGAUAUGUGGUAUGCAAAAAUUUUAGAGGAGGCAAAAAUAGGACUACGGUCCGCUUCAGCAGAUUGCAUACAUGGGAGUCUCUUGAUCUACCUACAGUUGUUAGAUUCCGCAGGGAUGUUUAUGCAGGAUAGUUACCGAGAGACUUGUGAUACAGUUUUACGAUUGAAAGAUAAUCGUGACGCAGGUAUUCGGAAACUUACUAUCAAGAUGAUUCCAUGUCUAGCAAAGUACAACCCAGCGGAAUUCGUCAACAACUACUUGCACAAAUUUAUGAUGCAUCUUCAAUCACAGCUCAAAAAGAAAGAUUCAGACGAACGUGGCUCUGCUUAUAAAGCAAUUGGUGAGGUGGCGUUAGCAGUUGGAAGCAGCAUGGGCCCAUAUCUCGAUGGAAUACUUGCCAGCAUAAAAGAGGGUCUCACUAUGAAGGGACGAAAUCGCUCACAGAGGGCAGAACAGGAAGCGCCGAUAUUCGAGUGUAUUAGUAUGCUGGCCACGGCGGUAGUGUGA